CUCCAUUUCGCCUUCAAUUCACCCGUCCGUUUUUCCCUCACUCCUUCCCGAUCUCUUUUUUGUCUUUCCCCCCUUCCCCCUCUUCUCCCUCUUGUAUGUCCAGUGUGUCUGUGUCUCAAUUCCUCAUCCCAAACCCGCCCGAUACCGCCAAUCGAAUCCAUCGUCAUCCUUCCAUGUGGUAGCGCAAUAGCAAGAGACAGAGAGAGACUGCCAGCACCCUAUACACACUCUCGAGAGUAACAUACCGCCAUAGGCCAACGUCUAUUCGCCCACGCGACCCAAGCCUCCGAGGCACCCUCAUCUUCAACCUCAAUCAUCUGGUCCUCCCUACUUUCUAAACCGUUCCGUCCGAGCCCGCCCGUCCAUCCAUCUUCAUCCGCCACUCCGACCGCCGUCUUGCGCUACGGUCCUAUUAUCUCACCCUAAGGACCAAGGUACUCUGCGACCUCUGCCUUUACUCGCCUACUGAGGUGCAUUGCAAGUUUCUUUUUUAGUUCCUGCCAGCUGGAUUGGACUGCAGACUGCACCGGUUGCUGUCACGCCUGCGCCUGUGCUUCUUCCUCUUACACGCACCCCCUUCGAGAAUAGCAUCCGUCCAGGACAUCACUCAACCUUGAAACCUCACUCUGUCCUCCGUCCUCCCAACACCAAACGUCGAUACUCCCAGUACCUGGAGGGGUCGCACAGGCCGAGCCACUUUUAAAGCAUUUCGCGCCCCCGUACCGAAACUGUGUCUUGGGCUCUGCGCCGGUGAUUCACUUCAAUGGCGCUUUAGACUUCCCAAGCUCCCUCUGGCGCUGGCACGCGGUCCUUUCCCUUCCCUGAGCAACUCAUCUUAGGUUCAAAGGCGCCGUAUCCUACCUUACCGUCCCCUUCCCGUACCUCACCUUAUCCUGGCUACCUUGAACAUCCGCUUUGCCUGUUUGGACCACCUUUCCUCCUCGUGGUCCCUGUCACUUUCCUCCCACUUGGACACUUAUUUCCUCCCCGCGAACCACUCGAUCCAACAAGUCGACACCCCGUCUAUAUCACCCCCCUCGACACCCACACCUAACACACACAUACGCACACACACAACCACCUACCUCUUCGAACACUCCCCGAAUAUAUACUUUGCCUUCCAUGUGUACUAGAAAUACCGGGCACCGAAUACACUCCAGACCUUCUCCCCACGCCGGGGUUACGGCCAUACCGCAAACAUGUCAUUACCAGUCGCCAUCCAGUCGGCGAUUUUCUACUACCUCGCAUGUACACCAUGUAACGAGAUGAAGGCUUUCCGAAAGGCCAAGAAGAAGGCCAAAGAGGAUAGGGAGGUGAAGAGGAAAAUAGAGAUGGAGCAACCAGGACUCUACCGUCAUCCGGACCCCUUUCACACAAACCCAUUUUGGGCCGAAGAGAUGGCAGCAGGACCACAUCUACCCAAAAAGUCAACCAACAAGAAUUCAAGCCAGAGAGGUCUGGCGAGUGCAGGCCGGACGAGCACAGCCGCGAGUUUUGGCGGAGCAAGCACCGUUGCCGAGAGUACUAGCCCUGCGACCCCGACAAUAAGUGCCUCAACGGCUGGUCGAAAGCUGUCCGGCGAGGGUUGGAAUAGAGAGCUGUACCAACGAGAGGAUGAGGAGCUUUGGGGCCACAACUUUACCGGCAUGGGUCACAAGCUGAUGGACAAUAUCGCAAAGGCCGGAAACACGGCCGGACGCUACAUGGAGGAGAAGUUGGGCCUGGAGAAGCCCAUCACAGAUGAGGACCGCGAGAACUUUUACCGUACACCGAGAAACCCGCCCGUCAACGAGUACCACCCGCCGAUAGUAGGAAGCAAGCCCUCCCGUCCGGACGCUCUCAAGUGGAUGCUACAGCCGCCGCCCCCUGCCAAGCUUAUGGAGGGCCGCAUUCCCGUCGCCAGGACCCAGAGCACCAGCACAGUUGGAAGCAGGAGAACAAUGGCGUCUGAGGACACUCCCUUGGACAGACUGGUCCGUGAAAAGGCGUUGAAGAAGAAGUUGCGGCAACAGGGAGAGAAGCUGCCCUUGGAGGAGACACCUUCGGAAUCGGAGUUGAUCGACUCACUCAUCGGCAGGCGGUCACGGCGGACAACGGUAUCGAGCAGGGGCAUGUCCAACCGUAGCCGCAGCCUUUCGCUAGAUUCUGAAGUAUCUUCAGACGGCGAGCUGGUGGAACGUCGGCGUAUCGCCCGUGCUCGACGUGUUCCCAUGACGCCCGAGGAAACCUCUUCAGACGAGGACGACUUUGUCCAGCACCGCACGUGGGAUUCGUUGGGAAAGUCGAGUCCUCCCCGACGGCCCAAGCUAGAGACCAUUAAGAGCUCCCGCUCCAACUCCAGGCAAGCAUUAAAGGCACGUCCCAACGGCACGAAGCCAGAUGUUGCAUCUAAGGACAACUCUGACGUCACGCCCAAAGCGUCUGCCAACCCUAUUAUCAACCGCACCGCGGAUGAGAACACGCCUACCACUGUCACCGCUACCACAACGGUAUCAUGAUGUUGGAUACCUGCAACGAACUAGGUCGAACAGACAGCCGACCAGAACACACUUUCUCCAGUUGUCUCUGGAAUUCCCCGUCAUCAUUUGACGAGGGUCAUCUACUGCAUUAUUUACUCCCAGAGAGGGGCAUAGCGUUCAUGGGAAGGAGCAUUUGCAUUUUUCGGAAAUGGGAUUCGGCAUCGAGGCGUUAAGAGGCGUGCUGCCAAAAAAGCAAGAGAGCAAGCAUACGGUGGGCAAUUGGGUGUUUUCAAAAAUGGGGUCCGGGGUCUUUGGGUUGGUUUUGUUCAAAAGAGGACGAG